ACAGUUCUUGUAGACAUUUUGUCGGCUCUGGAAAUUAUGGACGGUUUUAAACUCAGGGAAUGGUACUGCUGAGGUAGUCGAAAAGCCAAACAACGUCGGCAGUCGAAACCAAGCUCAUAUAUAUUCGGGGAGGAGAGAGACUGCCGAGUUGCCAUCAUGCCUUUGGUGACGCGAAACAUCGAACCGCGAAACCUUUGUCGCCAGACACUGCCGAAUACAGUCAAGAGUGAACUGGAGUGUGUGACCAACAUCACACUUGCCAACAUCAUUCGCCAGCUCGGCUCACUUAGCAAGUAUGCGGAGGAUGUGUUUGGAGAACUGUUUGUUCAGGCUAGCGCGUUUGCAGAACGGGUAAACACGCUGGGAGAUAGAGUGGAUAAGCUGCAGGUGAAAGUCACUCAACUGGACCCAAAAGAAGAGGAAGUUUCUCUUCAGGCGAUCACCUCCCGCAAAGCAUUCCACUCUAAUGUUUCCCAGGAUCAGCAGCUCUUUACUAGAAGAUCACUACCACAGCCUAUCCAAGAGACUUAUCAGACCUGCAACCAGCCACCCCCCCUCAACAACCUCAGCAUUUACCGGGAUGAUGGCAAGGAGGCUCUCAAAUUCUACACUGAUCCGUCAUAUUUCUUUGACCUUUGGAAAGAGAAAAUGCUUCAAGAUACCAAGGAUAUUAUGAAAGAGAAACGCAAGCACAAGAAGAAGAAAGAUGACAACCUUAACCGAAGAAACUUAAACCCCCGAAAGAUCAAAACCCGUAAAGAUGAAUGGGAACGCCUAAAAAUGGGGCAGGAGUUUGUCGUCCCCAAAAAUGAUGCUACAGGCUCUUCAGAAGUAUUGAAUGGCAGCAUUUGCUCUGGUGAGGACAUGGGUUAUUCUGAUGGGUACUUGGACCAAAGCACUGGCUCCUACAGUUAUGAUGCUGGCUCUCCUUUGCCACCACCGAUGCAAGAAGACUUCCCACCCCCGCCACCUCCAGACAUGCCGUAUCUUGAUGGACAGUCUGGUGCUCCGCCCCAGUCGCGCAACAGUCUUUUAAGCCCCGCUCACCCUCCUCCAGCUCCACCAACGAUGGCAACUUCUCCGCCAGGUCGUCCGACUGUGGCCCCUCCAAUGGCACCACCUCCACCCCCGCCACCUGGUGGGAUGAUUCCACCUCCACCACCUCUAGGAUUUGAUUUAACCCCAUCUCCUCCUCCUCCGUUCUUCAGCAAUGCUGCUCCCAUUCCACCACCACCACCCAUGGAAGCCUCUAUUGCAGCUCCUCCUCCACCACCCAUGGCAGGUGCACCACCUCCUCCUCCACCUCCUCCUCCUCCACCAGGCCCACCUCCUCCCUCUGCAGCACCGCCUCCCUCAGGAGGGCUACCUGCCUCUGCACCCAAGGCCCAGCCUGCUCCUGCUCCUGCAGGUGAUGGUCGCAGUGAUCUUCUUGCAGCUAUUCGUCAAGGAUUUAACCUUCGUAAAGUGGAGGAACAGAGAGAGCAGGAGAAGAGAGAUCACGUGGGCAAUGAUGUCUCAGCCAUCCUGUCCCGCCGCAUUGCUGUGGAGUGCAGCGACUCGGAGGAUGAUUCAUCUGAGUUUGACGAUGAUGAGUGGUCUGACUAAAGCUAUCAUCCCGCCCCUUUGUCACCUCUGUUAUGACAUCAAGAUCAUUCCCUUUUAGACCUCACACUUCUCAUGUUAGCUGUUUAAACUUCAGUAAGACCAAAUGCAGAGUUGCCGAGGGCCACAGAUUGUCUGUGUGUGUGACUGUGUCCAGAGGGUUGAGUCAGUUCUAAUCGAGAGUGUGAAUUAUUUAGUUGAUAAGCCUUCUCUUGUUUCAGAGGGCCUGUACGUUUUGUAUUAUGUCUCCAAAGUAAGGUAAACUGAAACUGUGCAUGCGUGCUUGUGCUUCCACAUUUCUCCUGUUUAUACAUCAGUAUCAUAUGUAAACAAAUCAUAAUGUUUCACAGUAUCUUUUUAAACUAAUCACAUAAACCUUACUUACAAGGCAAGGCAAAUUGAUAAUUUUGCAAUAAAAAAACUAAGAUACUCUUGGUUCACAUAUACUUUCUACUCUUCUUGUUGGAUAAAGUAGACUGUUGUCCUGGCAGUAUUUUCCUUUUCAUUGCAAUUAAAGAAGCACAAACACUCCACACCAAAAGUCUUUAAAUGGCUUCUGGUUGUCUUCAUCGCCUUGUGCUUGUCACUGUUAACGCCACAAUUUGCGGCCCUCAGGUCUGACUGAAUGAUGUUUGUGUUGGCAAAUUGCUAUUUAGUAGUAUUUCUUUGUUAAUCUCAUUCUCCAAAGUGCCUGCUUUUUCGUAAUACAAGUGCCUGUUGAUUUAAUGCCAAAGUUUUAGAAAUUAUGCAAGAUUUUGAAAUCAAAGAAAAGUGAGAUUUUGUUUUAUUUGAUGUUUGUGGGUAAUAAUUCCAAGAAUUUUCUAUCAGCAGUUUAUUAAAAUAAAGAUCUUAAGUAUA